AUGGAUCUUGACCGGUCGGCGCUGCAGGAAUUCAUCAUGCAGCCCGUCUCGCGCGACAUGGUUGCCCAUCUGGCCCAGCAGGCCUCGCUGGUCAUCCGCUGCGAGGCCCAUGUGACGGCCCAUCACGCGCAUGGGCAGCCCACGCCGCCCAGCACGCCCCCCUUGGACGCCGGGCUGCCCCCCCUGCCCUCGGUAGAGGCCUUCAUCACCUCGCUGGUCGCCCGGUCGCAGGUGCAGGUGCCGACGCUGAUGACCUCGCUCGUCUACCUGGCGAGGCUGCGGGCCAGGCUGCCCCCGGUGGCCAAGGGCAUGCGGUGCACCGUCCACCGGAUCUUCCUGGCGUCGCUCAUCCUGGCAGCCAAGAACCUCAACGACUCGAGCCCCAAGAACAAGCACUGGGCGCGUUACACCAGCGUCAAGGGCUACGAGGGGUUCGGAUUCUCACUGCCCGAAGUCAACCUGAUGGAGCGCCAGCUGCUGUUCCUGCUGGACUGGGACCUGCGCGUCGAGGAGGCCGACCUGCUGCACCACCUGGAGCCGUUCCUCACCCCGAUCCGCCAGCGGUACCAGCUGCAGGAACAGCUGCAGGAGCAGCACCAGCGCGAGGCCAUCCUGCGGCAGCCGCGCGACUGGCGGCGGUUCCACGCCUCGGCGGACAUCAUCGCCAGUCGCCUGCGGCGGCAGAAGAUCGAAGCGCGCCGCAUGUCGACCGACCCGCCGGCGCGGCGUCGCAUGCCCGCCAGCCCGGCGUCGUCGGUGUCCUCCGCCAGCUCGAGCUCGCAGAGCGCGUCGCCUGGCUCGCUGGCCGACUCCGACCGCUACCGGCCCUACCCUCCCCGCCGCCGCGCCGCCUCGCCCCCCUCCGUCCAGGAAGUCCCCCGUCUGUCCCGCGCCGACACCCUCCCAUCGCUCAGCUCGCGCGCCUCCAGCGUCGCCCCCAGUUCGCGCGGUGCCACCCCCGCCAGCCUGCGCGCCUCCAGCUCCAUCACCAGCAUGGAGGAGAUCCACGUCCUCGACGGCGCCCGCAGUCCCUCGCUGAGCGGCGGCUACCCGGCCAUGAAGCCGGAGGAGCUGCACGCGUCCGCGUCUGCCGGCGGCAAGAAGAUGCGCAUGUCCGGCUACGCCCCCGGCGGCGGCCACCCGUUGCACCAGCACACCGGCUUCGUGGCGAGGUUCCUGGCUUCCGCCACGGGGUCCUACAUGGGCGGACGGCGGCAUUAA